AUGGAUCCGUUGCAUUUCCCCUCCACUCUGAGCGUGGAGUCUAGUUCUCUAGAUGCCAACGCCUCCAUGAGGGCAAACACGACUAACGGUACCCUUCAGAGGCUCCCCAUUUCCCCUGAAAUUCAGUCUGUCCUCAUUCCUAUCAUUUACCUCCUUGUUUGUGCCAUUGGACUGAGUGGAAACACCCUGGUCAUCUACGUGGUCUUGCGUUACGCCAAGAUGAAAACGGUCACCAACAUUUACAUCUUAAAUUUAGCGAUUGCUGACGUGCUGUUCAUGCUCGGUUUGCCAUUCCUGGCAACCCACAACGCCAUCUCCUACUGGCCCUUCGGGUCCUUCUUGUGCCGCCUGGUUACGGCUUUUGACGGCAUCAACCAAUUCACCAGCAUUUUCUGCCUGACCGUCAUGAGCCUUGACCGCUACGUCGCCAUCGUCCACCCCAUCAAGUCUACCAAGUGGCGCCGGCCGCGGGUUGCCAAGUUGAUCAGCGUGGCGGUCUGGACGCUGUCCUUUCUGGUGGUGCUCCCGAUAAUCAUUUUUACUGAUGUCCAGGAAGAUCUGCAUACCUGCAACAUGAGCUGGCCGGAGCCGAUUAAUAUCUGGUCUGCGGUGUUCAUCAUUUACACAUCCGUGUUGGGCUUUUUUGGCCCCUUGCUGGUCAUCUGCCUCUGCUACUUGCUGAUUGUCAUCAAAGUCAAGUCGUCCGGCAUCCGAGUCGGCUCCACGAGGCGCCGACGGUCGGAGAAGAAAGUGACCAGGAUGGUGGUCAUCAUCGUCGUCGUCUUCGUCUUCUGCUGGCUCCCCUUCUACAUUGUGAACAUUGUCAACUUGAUAUUUAUUUUGCCCGAGGAACCGGCCUUGGUGGGCGUUUUCUGCUUCGUGGUGAUUCUCUCGUACGCCAACAGCUGUGCCAACCCCAUCCUGUACGGGUUCCUUUCAGACAACUUCAAGCAGAGCUUCCAAAAAGUCUUGUGCCUUCACAAAGGGAACGGCGUGGAAGAUGGCGACCCGACGGAGCACCGGCCGGAGAAGAGCAGCCGCCUGCAGGAAGUGAUGCUGCUCCAGGGGAGUAUCGACUCCAACGGGCACAUGCAGACCAGCAAGGUGUAG